ACAGCCCUUUAAAGUUAGCAUCACAUAUAUAUCAAGUCUGAAUUUUUAGAGAAUUUAUGGAGAUAUCACAAUAAAUGUAGCCAAAAAUGUGAAUUCUUUGUGGAUGAAAAUACUUCUAGUUUGGAAAAUUCAUUCAUCCUGCUAGCUCUAUCAUCUCAUCUCUUAAUGCCUACCACUACCACCACACAAUGUUUUCGACUAUAUCUUGUUGCCUUUUACUUGCCCCUGCUUCUGCCAAUAAUGCCUAGGCUGCCAUUUGCCAGGUCGAAGUCUACAUUUCAUUUUAUCGGUGUUUUUACAUAAUUAAACGGGGUUUGGCACUUAAAUUUGUGCAUCAAUUGUACAGAUUCCAUCCUCAGUGUCUGUCUGUCUGAGUCUUGAAAUUAUAAGAGUACUACUUUUUGUUGAGCACAAUCCUGAGCACAGCUGCAUGUGAAGCUGCCUAGCUUUUGCCUGUCACUAUUAAAAUGAUGGAGACCUGAACAUGGUAAAGAUUCUCCAGUCACUACUAUGUUGGACCUUGAUCAGGAUUCAACUGCGCGAACCACUUAUGCUACAAUGUUCACUAAGAAAGAAGGGAGUCCUACCGAUGCCAUGAAGAGGACCGGUGACUGGAUUUUCUCUCAAGAGAUUCCCAGUGAUGUCACAGUUCGCGCUGGGGGGACUUCUUUUGCAUUGCACAAGUUCCCAUUAGUCUCAAAGUGUGGAUUCAUUAGAAAGCUGUUCUCGGAAUCUAGUGACCCUGAUCUUUCUGAUAUUGAAAUCCCUGAUGUUCCUGGAGGAGCAGAGGCAUUUGAACUUGCAGCAAAAUUUUGUUAUGGAAUUAAUUUUGAAUUAGGGACGGAAAAUAUUGCUGCUCUCAGAUGUGUGUCUGAGUAUCUUGAGAUGACAGAGGACUAUGCAGUCGGUAAUUUGGUUGGAAGAACCGAAGCCUAUUUGAAUGAAGUUGCACUAAAAAGUCUAGGAGGGGCUAUUUCCAUUUUGCAAUCUACAGAGGAGUUCCUCUCCAUGGCAGAAAAAGUUAAAUUGGUGAACCAGUGUGUAGAUGCAAUCGCACUUAUGGCCUCCAAAGAAAGCCAAUUAAAUGUGUCUGGUGGAUCUGAGAAUUCCUGCGAUGGUGUUUAUUCUUCUUCACCUCAUUCAAAGCCCAUAGAUGAUUGGUGGGCUGAAGAUUUAACCGUUCUUAGAAUUGAUAUCUUCCAAAGGGUUCUGAUUGCAAUGAUAGCAAGGGGGUUCAAGCAGUAUGCUCUCGGUCCCAUACUCAUGCUUUAUGCCCAAAAAUCACUUCGAGGUUUGGAAAUGUUUGGAAAGGGAAGGAAGAACAUGGAGCCAAAACAAGAACACGAAAAGAGAGUUGUGUUAGAAACAAUUGUUAGUCUAUUGCCAAGGGAGAAAAAUGCCAUCUCAGUCAGUUUCCUUUCAAUGCUCCUUCGAGCUUCAAUAUAUCUUGAGACAACAGUUGCUUGUAGGCUUGACUUGGAGAAGAGAAUGGGCCUUCAACUUGGACAGGCUGUCCUCGACGAUUUGUUGAUCCCAUCCUUUUCCUUUACUGGAGGCACAUUGUUUGAUAUUGACACUGUGCAGCGAAUUCUUAGUAACUAUCUCGAGGGUAAGGAUGAAGGAAAUAGCAUGGGGGACUACAAUGCAGAUGAUCAAGGGUAUAUUCUGCCGCCUCAAAAUGACAUGGAGCAAGUUGGAAAGCUAAUGGAGAGUUAUCUUGCUGAAAUAGCCUCUGAUCGUUCCUUAACAGUUUUGAGGUUCAUUAGUAUUGCAGAAUGCAUCCCUGAACAAUCACGGUCCACAGAGGAUGGGAUGUAUCGAGCCAUAGAUAUCUACUUGAAGGCUCAUCCAGCUUUAAGUGACAUGGAGCGAAAGAAAGUGUGCAGUGUGAUGGACUGCCAGAAGCUUUCGCGAGAGGCUUGUGCUCAUGCAGCUCAGAAUGAUCGCCUUCCUGUUCAAACAGUUGUUCAAGUCCUUUACUAUGAACAACAACGCCUUAGAGAAGUGAUGGAUAGCACUACUAGUCAUUCGACAGCAGAAUCUACUGCUCCUGCUCCUGCUCCUAAGGCCAAUGCAAACUCUGCAAUCGUCCGCUCUAAAUCAGCUGAUGAGUAUGCUAGCCUACGACGAGAAAAUCAGGACUUGAAACUAGAGUUAGCAAAACUGAAAAUGCAGCUGAAAGAACUGAAAAAACCAACUUCAGAAAGAUCAUCCCCGAGUACUCCAUCUGCUGAUAAACCUCCUUUGCCUAGGAAGUCUUUGAUUAGUUCAGUUUCGAAAAAGCUUGGGCGGCUCGGUGCACUUGUGCGUCCUGAUACAUUGGCAUCUUCAUCUAGAGGCCGAAGUAAAGCUCCUAAAGAUAGAAGGCAUUCAGUAUCUUGAAUAAACGAACCGAACCGAACCGAAACAAACCAAACAAAACCGAUAUAUAUCCCAUUCUGAAGCAGAGUUUGAGAAAGGUAAAUUGAACCAGGCCUUGAUGGCAGAGUUUGAGAAAGGUAAAUUGAACCAGGCCUUAAAUCAUGGGAAAAUAGAUUUUUUUGCCACUCAACUUAUUAUUUGUUUAGAAACCUACCACUGAAUUAUAAUUUUUUUCUAUUUUA